AUGACCACCUCCGUUAGGCAAUACUCCUCUUCUUCUUCCUCCACCAAGGGGCCUGUGAGUUUUGGCGGGGGCUCCUGUCGGCUUUCCUCUGUGCAUCUCGGAGGGGGGUGCAGAGCCCCGAGCGGAGCCGGCGGCCUCUCCAUCUCUUCUUCCCGCUAUGUCUCUGGGAUGGGCAGCUGCCUCGGCGGUGGCUAUGGGGCCAACUACAGCAGCAGCAGCUUUGGGGGCAGCUUUGGCGGAGCUUUCGGGGGCGGCUUCCUAGUUGGUGGCGGGGACGGCCUCCUGUCCGGGGGCGAGAAGGAGACCAUGCAGAACCUGAACGACCGCCUGGCCACCUACCUGGACAAGGUGCGUGCCCUGGAAGAGGCCAACACCGAGCUAGAGGUGAAGAUCAGAGAGUGGUACAAGAAGCAGGGACCUGGCCCGGACCGUGACUACAGCCCGUACUUCAGGACCAUCGAAGACCUGCGCAGCAAGAUUCUCGCUGCCAGCGUUCAGAAUGCCAGCAUCCUCCUGCAGAUUGACAAUGCUAAACUGACCGCUGACGACUUCCGAACCAAGUAUGAGAACGAGGCGACGCUGCGCAUGAAUGUGGAAUCAGACAUCAAUGGUCUGCGCAGAGUCUUAGAUGAACUCACCCUGUCCAGGUCUGAUCUGGAGAUGCAGCUGGAAAAUCUGCAGGAAGAGCUGGGCUACCUGAGGAAGAACCAUGAGGAGGAAAUGACUGUACUCCGAACCCAGCUGGGUGGAGAAAUCACCGUGGAAAUGGAUGCUGCUCCUGGAGUGGACUUGACCAAGAUCCUGUCGGAUAUGCGUGAACAGUACGAGGGCUUGGCGGAGAAGAACCGCAAAGAUGCCGAGCACUGGUUCUUCACCAAGACCGAAGAGCUGAACCGCGAAGUUUCCACCAACACCGAACUAUUGCAGAACAGCAGGACGGAGAUCACAGAACUGAGGCGCACCAUUCAAGGCUUGGAAAUCGAUCUCCAAGCCCAACUCAGCAUGAAAGCGGCAUUGGAGGGCACCCUGGCCGAGACGGAAUCCCGGUACAGCACCCAGCUCAACCAGAUCCAAGUCCUGAUCACCAGUGUGGAGGAGCAGCUGGGGGAACUGAGGUGCGACAUGGAGCGCCAGAACCAUGAGUACAGGAUCCUCCUGGACGUCAAGACCCGCCUGGAGCAGGAGAUCACCACCUACCGUCGCCUGCUGGAGGGAGAGGAAGUCAAUGCUACGUCACUUUUUCUCUUUGGCUUUUCUGCAAAUGCCACCUUCCCAUUCUUCUCUCCCUUUGUAGCAUCCUCAACCACUCGCCAAGUCCGCACAAUCGUCGAGGAGGUCCAAGAUGGACGGGUGGUCUCAAGCCACGAAAAGCUCCACGUCUCGGGCCAUUAA